AUGUCUGAAGCAAAGAAUAUAUCUCUAACAGAAGAACAGAGAUCCCAUAAAGAAGGAAUAGCACAAGACUAUCAUAAUACAACAAAAAAAAUCAAGGAAAAUUCAGUUAAAGUAAUUGACGAGAUAAAAACAGCUGCAGACAAUGGAAACGAAACUAAAAUUGAAGAACAUUGGCAUAAAUAUCGUGAAUAUGUUAAACAAGAAAAUGAAGUGCGUGAAACGUUUUUGGAUGAAUUCGAGAAAAAAUUCAUUGCAAGUCAACGUGCUCGUCUAGUGUUGGCUGCUAACGAAAGUCAGGGUAGAGGAGAAUCAAGAAAUCAAUCCGCUGGCUGUUUAUUGGAUACAGUUUUAUUGGACGAUAAAUAG